AUAUGAAUGAAGUAAUAACACCACAUAACUUAAAUAAAUGUCUAUAGCUAGUAGCUACUCACUCAUUAUUCAAUUUUCACCAUGACUCUACCACUCAUCAUCUUCAUCAAACCCUCUCUCUACUUAUUUCUAUUCAUCACCUCCACCGCCACCGCCACCGCUACCUCUCCGCUUGACCCAAAUUGCAACUCUUCUCUCUACCCAAAGCUAUGCCGCUCAAUUCUCUCCUCCAUCACACAGUACACCCCGGCUGAUCCCUACACUUACGGAAAGUUCUCCGUCAAGCAAUGCUUAAAGAAGGCACGGAGAAUGACCCGAGCAACUAACCGAUUCCUCCGCCGCCACCGGAACUCCAUCUCCCGGAGAGAUGCCGGCGCCGUGGAGGAUUGCCGCCAGCUCUUCGAGCUCAAUGUCGAGUUUCUCGAGUCCAUAUCGGAGAAUCUCCGGUCAGCCGAGUUUCCGACGUCGGAGGAGGUGGUCGAGCAGGUUCGAUCGCGGCUGAGCGCCAUUGUGACGAACCAAGAGACUUGCUAUGAGGGGCUGGUGGAGGCUAAGAGCGGAGUUUUAGUGGGAAGAAGUAUUGGAAAUGGGACGGUGGUGGUGCUGUCGGAGCCGGUGAUGUUUGAGGUUAGCGAGCUUUACAGUGUAUCUUUGGGGCUUGUAAUGCACGCGCUAAGUAGGAAUAUUGCGAAGCAACACCACAGACAGAAAGGUCGCCAUGAUUAUCGAUUCCCACACCGCGAGGCCAACCCCCGUCGUCGGGAGCCACUUGCUCAGUUGAUCAAGAGUUUACAUAAGCGGUCGAGGGAUGAAUUAGCAGAAAGGAUUGUUUUGGAAAUGGAAGGGAAUGGAAUUAUGGUAAACGGGAGUGUAAUUGUGAGGAAAGAUGGGACAAAAGAUUUCAGAAGCAUAGGAGAGGCCAUAGCAAUAGCACCCAAGAAUUUGAAAGCAGAAGAUGGGUAUUUCAUAAUAUAUGCCAUGGAAGGAUACUAUGAAGAAUAUAUUGUUAUUCCAAGAUGUAAGAAGAAUAUAAUAUUGCUUGGAGAUGGGAUCAAUUCCACUAUUGUUUCUGGGAACCACAGCGUCAUUGACGGUUGGAGUACUUACAAUAGUUCAACAUUCGCUGUUGCCGGAGACCAUUUCAUGGCCAUAGACAUAACAUUCAGGAAUACAGCGGGCCCAGAGAAACAUCAAGCCGUGGCAGUUCGGAACCAAGCCGACCUCUCCAUAUUUUACAGGUGCAGCAUCGAGGGCUACCAAGACACUCUCUAUGUCCAUUCCCUAAGGCAAUUCUACCGAGAUUGCCAAAUCCAGGGCACAGUAGAUUUUAUCUUUGGUAAUGCUGCUGCUGUUUUCCAAAACUGCAAAAUUCUAGCUCGUAAACCCAUGUUGCACCAAAAAAAUGUCAUCACGGCUCAGGGUCGGACAGACCCCAACCAAAAUACUGGAAUCUCUAUCCACAAUUGCACCAUAGAAGCAGCACCUGAUCUCGCAGUUGAUGUUGAUGAUGAUGAUGAAGAAUCAAAUUCUACUAGUACGACUACUCUAAGUUACCUUGGUAGGCCAUGGAAGCAAUACUCUAGGACUGUUUACAUGCAAUCAUAUAUUGGGAGUUUUGUGACUUUGGUUGGGUGGUUGGAGUGGAAUGGUACAUUGGGAUUGGAUACCCUUUUUUAUGGAGAGUUUGAGAAUUAUGGUCCAGGUUCUGAUACUGGUAUGAGGGUUAAGUGGCCGGGCUUUGUUCUAAUGAACACUACUCAAGCUUUGAAUUUCACUCUCUAUAAUUUUACCAUGGGCGAAACUUGGUUGCCUGACACUGAUAUUCCAUUCGCAGAAGGAUUACUAGACUAGGUAGCCACUAUAUUUAUUUUUGCAUCAUCUUAUUAUUAGUUCAAUAUAUUACUAAUCAUCGAGAUGUUUUAUUAUAAUUAUUACAAUUUGCAACUAUUAAUUACCUUUGUAUUAUUUAAAAAGCUAAUUUGAAUUCAUGUUACUCGUAAUAUAACUUAUUUGUGGUUUCUAGUUGAAAGAAAAUAACUAAUAAUAUACUUCUGGAGUUUUGGUUGUA